UCAAAGUAUAGUUCGACAUUAAGAAUGGAUACCUACAAAUUUGUGUUGAUGAUUCUAAUAUUUGGUUUUAUUUACCUUUUUCCAAUAACAGACGCUUACGAGACGUGUAAUUCUGAUAGUCAGUGUCCAUCAAGCUACCAUUGCUGCACUGGUACAAUAUACUGCUGUCCAAGUGGUACCGUCUGCACAGGAACCAUCAAAUGUAGAAGUUUAUGGUCAAUAGUUGGUCCUAUCAUCGGUGCAGUGGUCCUUUUUAUAAGCAUUAUUGGAUGCUGUAAGCGUUGCUGUUACCAAAAGAGCCAGGAACCGCCUCCACCAGUUGUCUACGGACAACAACAGCCAGAAGUUGCAAUCGCACAAGAAACAUAUGGACAACCUCAGGCUUACGGACAACCUCCAACUUACGAGCAAGGUUACGGACAACCUCAAACAAAUGGACAAGGUUACGGUACACCGGGUGCAUUGCCGCAAGAUACGACAGAUUACAAAGUAAAGUUGUAGACGAGGAAAGAGAAAAAUGAUAUUGUCAUCUAUAUUCUCCCUGUAUUUAUGAUAUGUAUCAGUGAAGUUGUACAAGAACAAAUAAUUACGUUUUUUCCAAUCAAACAGCGCUGAACCCAUUCACUUUUUAUAGUAAAUAUCAUUAAAAAUCGUCUCGAGAACAGCAAAGCCAAGAUUAGUCAUAUUAUAAUAGAAAUAUCCUCAGGUAGUGUUGAAGUUUGUUCCAUUCAGGACCCCUGGGCUUAGAGCAGGACCACAAGAGGGCGUCAAGAUUUACUAUAGGAAUAUAUAAGAAAUAUCUUUAAAAAUCUUCUCAAGAACAGUUAAGCCAUUAUAUUUUUAGUCAUAUUAAUAUGGAAGUAUUCUAAAGUAGACAAGAUUCAAGUUUCUUCAAUUCAUGACCCCCGAGGGUAGAGCAAGGCCACAACAGUGGGUAAGAGUUUUACAUAGGAAUAUAUAGGUGUAAUGGUUAAGAGACAUUUGUGUUAAACUGAAGACUUCAAAUAGUGGAAUGACUUGACAACUCUUGGAAUGGACCAGCCAAAGGGUAUAUAAGGCAAAGCUUUGGGAAAUUAGGUAUUCAGAAGCUAGGAGAAGAAGUUGGCCGUUAAAUAAGCAAUAAAGAAGGGUAAGAGCAAAAUAAAAGUAUGAAAGUUAUAAGCACCAGUGGCAAGUAUCCUUGGGAAUUAAUGUUAAGUUCUGGGUGUAGUUAAUCUGAAGAAGAUUGAGACAUCCAGUUCUUAU